GAGGUCUUGGCCGAGAAGACGGGCAAUGCCCAGGCCAGCGUCUACAAGACCAUGUUCCUGCAGGUCAACGAGCACAGCCAGACGGUCUCCAACGCCUCCCAGCCUGACAUUAGGAGCUAUGAGGUCGUGAAGAUGGUCCGCACCCUUGCCAAGAAGUCUCAAUCCAGCGGUCUGGAGUCGUUGGCCUCCAACAUCGAGUCCCUUCUCCAGACGCGUCAGUCAGCGGACGUGUUUGCCAAGGUGAAGGAGCUUAUCCAGAACAUGAUCGACAAUCGCAAGGAGGAGGCCGCAGCGGAUGAGACCAAGAAGGCCUACUGCGAUGAGGAGAAGGCAAAGACCAAGGAGAAGGUUGAUGACCUGACCAGCACCCAGGACAAGCUGUCUGCCAAGGUGGACAAGAAGACAUCGGAGUCCGAGACCCUCAAAAGCGAGGCGGCUACACUUCAGAGGGAGCUGGCGGAACUCGCCCAGCUGCAGAUUGAGAUGGACGAGACCCGCAAGGAGGAGAGCGCAGCCUUCAAGAAGCAGAAGGAGGACCUGGAGGCCGGAUUGGAAGGUGUCCGCUCCGCCCUCACUGUGCUUCGCGACUACUACGCCUCCGGCACGGCUCUGAUCCAGCAGCCGGACCUGAGCUUCGCUAAGUCUGGCAGUGCCUCCACCGGCAUCCUUGGCAUGCUGGAGGUUGUGGAGAGCGACUUUGGCCGCAACCUGGCCCAGGCUGAGACCAGCGAGGCAACCAAGGCCGAAGACUACGACUCCAUGACCAAGCAGAACAAGCUUACCAAGGUGCAGAAGGACCAGGACCAGAAGUACAAGACGAAGGCUGCCAUGGCUCUGGACAAGGCGGUUGGCGACCUGUCCUCCGACGGAGAGUCCACCAAGGAAGAGUUGGCCGCUGUCCUGACCUACCAGGAGAGCCUGGCCAAGCAGUGCUACGACGGCGGUCUGUCCUACGAGGAGCGAGCCGCCAAGCGCCAGGAAGAGAUCGAUGGCCUGAAGGAGGCCCUCGUGUCGCUGGGUGGCACGGACCUGACUGCCGUUCUCCUGCAGAACAAGGGCCUGCGUGGCUCCGUGAAGCACUGA